AUGGACACCAUUUCCCCAUACAACCUGGACCCGGCGCAAUACAGGUUCCCGUCCCCACUGAAGGGCUGGGAAAAUCACGCACCACUGUCUGAAGCUAAAACGCAAGACGGAAAGAGUUUCGACAGCCCCGAAAAGAUCACUCUCAGCGACGCUUACGAGCACUUCGUACCACCGAUUUCAAAUGGUGGUCGUCACGACUGCCAAUUACCUGGCUUCGACGUGCACGUAUACUUCAAUCCCGUAGAUACCUCACUGAACGCCUGCCCAGUCCCCGAGCUGAGAAUAUACCCCUUGCACACGAAUCCGCAAGGCCCCCAUGCACCAGGCAUGUUUGAGGUGGCCCUCUUCACACCGCAUCAGUUCGGGGCAUUCGUCAGCUGGAUUUUCGUACAUCGCGGACCGCUGAGCGUCCUUGUGCACCCCAACACUGACGAUGAGCUGCGCGAUCACCUCCAUAUGACGGCGUGGCUGGGUCCAGAGGUGCCCUUGGACAUGCAACGUUUUAGACUGAGGCCGGUGUGUGAGACGAUGGACAGACGCGCUGGAACAGUAACUAAGAUUGUGGACAUUGGAGAUGCGGGUCAGACUGUGAAAGAGACGCGGAAUAUCAAAUAG